AGGAGCCGGGCCCGGCGGGGGCCGAGCCGCAGCGGCUGCUGCCCCCAUGAUGUGUGAGGCAGAGCUGAUCACACCGGAGCCCUCUGGCCCCGUGCAGUACUGUGGUGAGUCCUCCGACACCUACUACCACGUGGACCGCUGGCAGAGGCUGCGCACAGCUGUCAGAAAGCUGGAGUUCUGGGAAAACUUCAAUGCUGAGCUGAUAGGCAGCGGCUUCUUCUCCAAGGUCUACAAGGUGACCCAGGCUGCUGCUUGUAAAGUGAUGGUGGUGAAGAUCUACAAGAAUGAUGUGGACCAAGAGGUGAUUGUGCGUGAGAUCAGCCUGCUGCAGAAGCUAUCCCACCCCAACAUCGUCAGGUACCUUGGGAUAUGCGUGAAGGAUGACAAGCUCUACCCCAUUCUGGAGUAUGUGAAUGGGGGUUGCCUGGAGGAGCUCCUGGCCAGCAAAGAUGUUGCUUUGACGUGGAAGGAAAAAGUGGACUUAGCUUCUGACAUCACCAGAGGCAUGGUCUACCUGCAUUCCAAGAAUAUCUACCAUCGAGAUCUCAACUCUAAGAACUGCCUCAUUCGAGUGACACCGCGGGGCCGCGAGGCACUGGUGACUGACUUCGGGCUGGCCAGGGAGGUGGUGGAGCUGCCUGUGAAGGAUGUGGAGAGGAAGCUGUCUCUGGUAGGCUCUGCUUUCUGGAUGGCUCCUGAGAUGCUGCGGGGAGAGCCCUAUGAUCGGAAGGUGGAUGUGUUUUCCUUUGGCAUUGUCCUCUGUGAAAUCUUGGGCAGGAUCCCAGCUGACCCCGAAGUGCUUCCCAGGACUCAGAAAUAUGUUGGAGAGUUCUACAUGGACCAACGCCACGGGAAGGGGAUUUGCUACUGGCCUGAUGGUUCCAAAUUCACGGGAGCUCUUUAUCUUGGCCAUGUAGAAGGCUAUGGGACCCUGGAAUGGAAGGAUGGCAGAAAAUUUCAGGGGCUCUACAAAUCUGAUGAGCGAUUUGGACCAGGGAUUGAGAGCUAUCCAGAUGGCUGUCAGGACGUUGGUUUGUGGCUCAGGAAUCAUCUAAUUAAACUAUGUACUGAAAUACCUGGUUAUUUUUCUCUCUUGGAUUAUCCAGCACACUACAGAUACAUUGAUGACAACUGUCAAAAGAAGUAUAUUUCAGUUGAGGAAGACCCGUUUCUCCGUAGCUAUAAACAUCUCCCUUUUGAUGAUAAGGAUAUUUUUCCUGAAGGAGUCUUUGCAUAUUCUCAUAACACAGAUCAUCUUACUUUGACGCGCUCCUUUCUGGAAGAGUGUGAUGCUUGGUAUUUUCAGAACACCCCAAAGCUGCCUGAGGAAGAUUCUUGGCCUGUUGCAAAUGUGACCCCUCUACUUGUUAGAAUGCAGACACAUGUUUAUAAGCACAGGUGCUGUCAAGGGGACUUCACUUCAGAUGUCAACCUCAUUCUCAGUGGAUCCCGCAGUACUUACGGGCCUCCGGGCCCCAGGGAACUUGCCUCAGAGCAGCUAAUCCAGAAGGCAGCAAGAGGAGACUAUGAUGGGGUCUGUGCCAUUCUGAGGAGUGGGCUUGCUCAUCCAGACGUAGCUGACAAACAUGGAUACACAGCACUUGCUGCUGCUGCUGUUAAUUCUCACAAUGAUGUUGUCAAUCUUCUUCUUGAUAGUGGAGCUGAUGUGAAUAAGUGUAGUGAUGAAGGAUUAUCUGCACUCUCCAUGUGCUUUAUUCUCUUUUAUCCAGAAGAAUCUUUUAAGGGUAAUAUUGCUGAGAGGAGCUUGCACAGUUACAAGUGGAAUGAACAACCAGAAUCCUCAGAAACAAUCAAUGUGGCUGAAGACGUUAUCUCAGAACGACAGAAGAGAUGGGAAACAAUCCAACUGCUGCUUCAUCGAGGUGCAGAUCCCAAUGCAUCCUGGGUCCCACCGCACCUUUUGUUUUUUGCUGUUAAAGCUGCAGAUGCAAAAGCAGUGAAACUCCUCUUAGAAAGGGGAGCCAGGACUGAUGUGCGGCUUCCAUCCAAGCUAGGGGGGUUAACUCCUCUCCACAUAGCUGCCUCAAUUCCUGGAGAGGAAGGGGUACAGAUAACACAAUACCUCCUGCAUUCUGCCCCAGAUCUUAAUGCAAGGGCAGAAGAUGGAAAUGAGAUAUACAGUCCAGACAAGAGUCAAGCCAGAGAAGCCAAUUUGACAGGUGAUGUCACUUUGCAACUGAAAAAUGAAGCAGGACCACCACAAAAGUACUUUUCCUCCUAUAGUGGUCCUGUCCCUGAAGAAGGUGGAAGGAGUGCAUUGCAUAUUGCAUGCGAAAGAGAGGGUAACAGUGAGCAUGCCAGAGAUGUUAUCCGCCUCCUUUUAUCACAUCAGGCAAAUCCAAACACAUUGUGGAGUGGGCAUUCACCACUUUCCUUAGCAAUUGCCAGUGGGAAUGACUUGGCAGUGGUUGAACUUCUCAAGCACGGGGCUGACCCAAAUCUGCCGUUAAGUGGAGCAGUAACAAGUGCCCUCUGUGCAGCCGUCAAUACGGCAUAUGAACGGCAGAGAACAAAAGCACAGAGAAUUGCUUUGGUUGAUAAGCUGCUUGAAGCUGGCGCAGAUAUCCUUGCACCAGUUAUUCUUAGAGAAGGACAAAGAAAAGCUGUGGGAACAGCUGUUGACUAUGCCUAUUAUAAAUAUUAUCAGGAUAUGAGAAUUGCUCACACACCAUACCACAUACUGUCAGCAUCUGAGCAGGAACUUUUUCAAACACGCCAAUCACUGCUGGAACACAUUACAGCGAAACUCCGUGAAUGUGUCAUCCUGAAAGAGAAAGAGUGGGAUCAAGAAGAGCUGAGAAGAUCCAAGAAGUUGGAUUCAGCUGUUCAUACACGUGUUUCAAAGAAGAGAGGAGGGACCCAUCACGUGGAAGAAGUGAGAUUACCAUUCUUUAAGUACUGCUAUCAGUGUGGACGUUCAGUUAAUGUUCAGCUGUCACCUUGCAUGCGUUGCUAUCAAGUCUUCACUUGCAGCGCGACUUGCAGAAGGAAAUCCUGGAACGAGCGGCACAGGCAGGAGUGCUUGGCGUUGCGGGAGAAGAGUACAGGUCAAGCAGCUCAGUGCGCAAGCAGUGCAGGAUGUGAAAAGAAUGUCACUUGCAAAAAAGGGAAAAAUGGAAAAGAAGAAAAAGAUGAAAGGAGAGGUGGAAGAAAGAGUAAAGUUGGAAUUGGUGGAAGACAGCAUCACAGGAAGAAUGACUGACUCGUUUCAAAUCACUCCUACUGUUGUGUGGACAAGUUUUAAUGCCACUGUACUUUCUGCCUUGUACUCCACUUCUACUAAGGCUGUUGUUGACGUGUUUUAAGAAACUAAAGACAGAACAUUCUAAGAUACUGCCUAUGAGCUCAAGGAUGACAAUACCAUCAAAACCCAGUGUGUGUGUCUAUACAAGUUAUAUAUUUAAAUAAAA